AUGGCUGCAUUUCAUGUGUCUGGCAUCGUUUUGUUUGCAUGGUUUGUGAAAGCAGUAUUGAGUGGUAACUGUCCAUCCUUCAUUAACUGCGGCGAUCUCGGUAACAUCACUUUUCCUUUCACCGACACGCGUCACCGAGACUGUGGCAUAUUGGUGAUACAUGGCUGUGAUGACCACGAACCAGGGGCCCAAAAAACCACAAAAAACAACAACAAAUGGUUUGAUAUCGUGAAGCUGGACAAGUUUACGAUUACCAUCAGAGACGAUGACCUUCGCGACUACUUGUUACAACGAAGUUGUGAGACCUUCGGCUACAACAGUACUUUCACUUUCAACUCGCCUUUGGCUACGGCUUCUCGUUUAAAUCAUUACAUGGACGUACUCAGAUGCAACCACGCCCUCGGUGCUCCGCCAAACAAUUCUGUUUCUAACUCUAAUGUUUGCAAAAAUGAAACACUGUAUUUAAUGGUGGAACCCGAGCCUUCUUCCAGGUACAGUAAUCUCAGAUGA